AUGGAUCCAUUGGAUGACCCGAAGCCUCAUUCUCCGGGCCGCUUGCACGACAGAGUUGCUAUCGUCACAGGGUCUUCAUCCGGCUUUGGAAGAGCGAUAGCGUUUAGAUUUUCACGCGAGGGCGCAAAGUUAUUAUGUGCUGAUAUCACACCUGAGACAACGAAAGCAGGAUCACGAGAUGCAGAUCGCGCAUAUACCACGCAUGAAUACAUUGUUGCGAAAGGCGGUACGGCCGAGUUCGUCAAAACCGAUGUUGGCCAUGAGUCGUCGGUACAGGCCUUGGUCGCUCGUGCGGUUGAGCUGCAUGGCAGGCUCGACAUAUUCAUCAACAACGCUGGGAUUUGUCCAGAAUCUGCACCAGAUCAGAUAUCAGAAUUGAUUCAUGAGCAGGAAGUAAAAGUGUGGGAUACCACCAUGAGAGUCAACGCACGUGGAUCCUACCUGGGCUGCAAGUACGCGUGCGAACAAUUCAUGAAACAAAACCUUCUUCCAUCGGGGGACCGAGGCUGGAUCGUCAAUAUUGGAUCGACAGCAUCGCUGACUGCCUCACAAGUUGCUGCAUACGACACUAGUAAAGGGGCGGUUUUACAACUAACCAAAACGGUCGCCGUGUCUAUGGCACCGUACAAGAUUCAUUGCAAUAUUGUUUGCCCUGGGGAUGCCACCACGGCCUGUUAUGACCCGCACGUGAAUGAUAGGGAAGCAAUCAACAAAUCCAUUUCUCUUUAUCCCUGGGGUCGAUUCGGGAAACUGACAGAAAUUGCUGGUGCAGUUCUCUUCCUAGCCUCAGACGAUGCUGGAUAUGUGACUGGCGCCGUCCUAUCUGUCGAUGGCGGCUUUGUUUCGCAGUAA